AUGGGGUUGCUUAGCCGCCUAAGGAGGGUCGUAAAGAAGGUAAAACUGUUGCUGAGUUUCGAUAUGAACCGAUGGCGUGUCGCUUCGAUGAUUGGCGAUGCUUCUCGGAGGCUGAGCUUUACGGAUAGGCCAGGGUUAAGGGCAUGCGUGUACGACGAUGACGAUUCGGAUGAUUCGGGUCGUUGCUCGAAUAGGUUGGCUCGGACGACGAGUUAUCAAUCGGAGGAUGAUGUGGAUAAGAGGGCCGAGAUGUUCAUCGCUAAUUUUCAUAGACAACUUCGGAUGGAAAGACAGGUCUCUGUGCAGCUCAAGUACCUUCGUGGGAACAGUUUUGGCUACAAUUCUCCCUGA